AUGCUGGAUCUGAACGACGAGCUCUUGAGCGAGUGCCGGCGCGGCCUCACGCUGCUCUGCCGCAAGUCGCGGACGCUCGAGGCGAAGGCGCUCUCGCAGUUUUGCCUCUACUGCGCCCGGACCAACGCAAGCACCGAUGUGUUUGCCAUGACCAAAACGAUGCUGCCCAACUGCAUUUGGGGCCAAGCAACCGGGCAGUUCCCCGACUUGUCGGCGCUGCUGGUCAACGUCUUUGCGUGCCCCGCGACCGCGGCCCGCCGCCGCGUUCGCACCUCGAGCUCGAGCUGCAGCGCGCCGGGCCAGAAAGAAAAGGUCGCGCUCUUGGCGUGGAACCAAGUCCACCGGCAAGAGAAGCAGCACGUGCUCUACCGGGACUCGGCGUUCGCCAAGGCGCUCGCGCGGGACCCGCACGCGCCUCCGCUGCCGCCGACAGUGGCGUCCGACGACGCGAACGACGACGAGCCGUCGCGUCUCAGCAUCUUGCUCGCGUCGUUGACGGCGCUCCACCCCGAGAACAUCCCCGACACGUGGGUCUUUGGCGCCCAUGCCAACAAUGCGAUGCGCCAGCUCUCGGAAAUGGCCCAUGGGACGACGACCGUCUAA